GCAGGGAUUCGAUAAACAAGUGGAUGUGUCAUAUAUUGCCAAACAUUACAACAUGAGCAAAAGCAAAGUUGACAACCAAUUCUAUAGUGUGGAAGUGGGAGACUCAACCUUCACAGUUCUCAAACGCUACCAGAAUUUGAAGCCUAUUGGCUCUGGGGCUCAGGGAAUAGUUUGUGCUGCGUAUGAUGCUGUUCUUGACAGAAAUGUGGCCAUUAAGAAGCUCAGCAGACCCUUUCAGAACCAAACGCAUGCCAAGAGAGCUUACCGGGAGCUGGUCCUCAUGAAGUGUGUGAACCAUAAAAACAUUAUUAGUUUAUUAAAUGUCUUCACACCCCAGAAAACAUUGGAGGAAUUCCAAGAUGUUUACUUAGUAAUGGAACUGAUGGAUGCCAACUUGUGUCAGGUGAUUCAGAUGGAAUUAGACCAUGAACGAAUGUCUUACCUGCUAUACCAAAUGUUGUGUGGCAUCAAGCACCUUCACUCUGCUGGAAUUAUUCACAGGGAUUUAAAACCAAGUAACAUUGUAGUCAAGUCUGAUUGUACGUUGAAAAUCCUCGACUUUGGACUAGCCAGGACGGCAGGCACAAGCUUCAUGAUGACUCCUUAUGUGGUUACACGUUAUUAUAGAGCCCCUGAGGUUAUUCUGGGAAUGGGCUACAAGGAGAAUGUUGACAUGUGGUCAGUAGGGUGCAUCAUGGGAGAAAUGAUAAAAGGUGCAGUGCUGUUUCCUGGCACUGAUCAUAUUGACCAGUGGAACAAAGUAAUUGAGCAACUAGGAACACCAUGUCCGGAAUUCAUGAAGAAAUUGCAACCUACAGUAAGAAACUAUGUGGAGAAUCGGCCCAAGUAUGCAGGACUCACCUUCCCCAAGCUCUUUCCAGAUUCCCUCUUCCCAGCGGACUCUGAGCACAAUAAACUCAAAGCCAGCCAAGCCAGGGACUUACUGUCAAAGAUGCUAGUGAUUGACCCAGCAAAAAGGAUAUCCGUGGAUGACGCCUUACAGCAUCCUUACAUCAAUGUGUGGUAUGACCCUGCUGAAGUGGAGGCGCCUCCACCUCAGAUUUACGACAAACAGUUGGACGAAAGAGAACACACCAUUGAAGAAUGGAAAGAACUUAUCUACAAAGAAGUAAUGAAUUCUGAAGAAAAGACUAAAAAUGGUGUUGUAAAAGGACAACCUUCUCCUUCAGGUGCAGCAGUGAACAGCAGUGAGAGUCUCCCUCCAUCUUCGUCUGUCAAUGACAUCUCCUCCAUGUCCACCGACCAGACCCUGGCAUCUGACACUGACAGCAGCCUGGAAGCCUCAGCAGGACCCCUGGGUUGUUGCAGGUGACUAGCCGCCUGCCUGCGAAACCCAGCGUUCUUCAGGAGAUGAUGUGAUGGAACACACACACACACACACACACACACACACACACACACACACACGUAGACAGACACGCACGCACACACACAUACGCAGACACGCAACUCUAAGAAAAUGACAAGGGAGAGAAUCCGAGCCUAAAAUUGAAACCAAUCUUUCAGCCUGCUUCUUCUCCAGAGUUCUGUAUUGCAGCUAAGCUAAAUGUAUAUUUAACUUCUAGUUGCUCUUGCUUUGGUCUUCCUCCAACGAUGCUUACUACAGAAAGCAACUCAAACACAAUUAGAAAAGCCUUUUCCAUAAAGUGUAAUUUUAAUGGCUGCAAAACCAGCAACCUGUAACUGCCCUUUCAAAUGGCAUGACAAGGUGUGCAGUGGCCCCAUCCAGCAUGUGUGUCUCUAUCUUGCAUCUACCUGCUCCUUUUGGCCUAGUCAGAUGGAUGUAGAUACAGAUCCGCAUGUGUCUGUAUUCAUACAGCACUACUUACUUAGAGACGCUACUGUCAGUGUCCUCAGGGCUCUACCAAGACAUCAUGCACUGGGGUACCACAUGGUCCAUUUCAUGUGAUCUAUUACUCUGACAUAAACCCAUCUGUAAUAUAUUGCCAGUAUAUAAGCUAUUUAGUUUGUUAAUUGAUUAAGCUGUAUGUCUUAUAAGAAAACAUGUAAAGGGGGAAAAUAUGGGGGGAGUGAGCUCUCUCGGACCCUUGAAGAUGUAGCUUCCAAAUUUGAACUGAUUAAAUGGCACCUGUAUACC